GAAUCGAGCAAUCCAAAACAAAGCGUCUAAUGAUCCAGACGGACUUUCACGUGUUGAUAUUUUAAUUGAUUUAUAUUUAAAUAAAGCAAAAUGCUUACAAACAAAAUAUUUCUUAAGAAAACCAAAAAAGGAAGUAUUUUGAAAAUUGUUAGGGAGCACUAUUUAAGAGAUGACAUAUCGUGUGGAUCCGAAUGUUGUGAAACAUGUACGCACGAUUCAAAGGGGGCCAAGUUGCUUUCCAAACCAGAGAAUAACAGUGUUAUAGUGAAUACGCCACACUACAUAAUCCCGGACUCAAAUGUGGUUUUUCAUCAGAUUGAUGUUUUAGAAGAUGCAGCAAUACAAAAUUUGAUCAUUCUUCAAACAGUUUUAGAGGAGGUGAAACAUCGGAGUGCCCCUGCCUACAAGAGGUUGAAAGACAUCCUUGCGAAUCCAGCCAAACAUUCAUACAGCUUUGCAAAUGAAUUUAACAAAGAUACAUACAUUGAGCGCGCGCCAGGUGAGAAGGCAAACGACCGUAAUGAUCGGGCCAUACGAGAGGCGGGCCUGUGGUACCAGAAACAUCUGUCCUGCACCGGAAUCACUACCACAGUUGUGCUGGUCACGAACGAUGCCGACAACCGGGCCAAGGCAAACCUGAAGGGCCUCACUGCUUUUACAAUUCAAGAAUAUAUAAAGAGUUUGAAAGACAAUGGAUCCUUGCUUGAUAAACUAGCUCACGUUGGAACAAGCAUGGUGGUGGAGAAGGACAAGGUUCAAUUUCCAGAGCAUUUGUCUUUGGCUGAGAUUCAGAAGGGCAUCAGAACAGGCAAAUACCUGCAAGGCACUUUCUUAGCUAGCAGGGAAAACUACCUGGAAGCCAAUGUCAGUGUCCACAAUCAGGAGAAAAUGGUAUUUCUGCAAGGCCAUGCGAACCUGAAUCGAGCGGUUAACGAUGACGUUGUUGCCAUAGAGAUGUUACCGGAGCCUGAAUGGAGCUGUCCCAGCUCUCUCAUGCUGGAAGAGAUAGAGGAGAAACCUGAUGACGCUGACAUAGAGGCAGAGGAUGCAGCUGUAAAGAGGAAGCGAGUGCCUCGUGAAUUGAGACAGCCAACAGGGCGAGUGGUGGGGAUCAUAAAGAGAAAUUGGCGGCAGUACUGUGGCAUACUUCAACCCUCUGCUGUCAAAGAGGCUACACGUCACCUGUUUAUGCCGGCUGAGCGGCGUAUCCCCAAGAUUCGUAUCGAGACACGCCAGGCACGGGACCUGGGCAGUCAGAGAAUUGUGGUUGCCAUUGACAGCUGGCCCCGAAACUCCAGAUAUCCACAGGGCCAUUUUGUGCGAAAGCUUGGCAAUAUUGGAGACAAGGACACGGAGAAUGAAGUUUUACUACUGGAGCACGACGUCCCACACUGCAGUUUUUCAGAGCAGGUGCUAAGCUUCCUGCCCAAGAUGCCCUGGACCAUCACUGAUGAGGACUUGAAACAUCGCACAGAUCUUCGACAUGUGACUAUAUGCAGUGUUGAUCCCCCUGGUUGUACAGAUAUUGAUGAUGCAUUGCACUGUAGGGACCUCCCUAACGGCAAUUUAGAGGUGGGUGUCCACAUUGCGGACGUGAGUCACUUUAUCCGUCCUGGAAAUGCCUUGGACCGGGAGGCUGCCAGCAGGGGAACCACCGUCUAUCUAGUUGACAAGAGAAUUGACAUGGUUCCAGAACUGCUCAGUUCCAACUUGUGUUCCCUUAUAUGCGAUGUAGACAGGUUUGCGUUCACUGUUAUUUGGGAGAUGACCCAGACAGCAGACAUUGUCAAGACUUCAUUUAUGAAGAGUGUUAUUCAGUCAAGGGCCUCGUUGACCUAUGGUGAGGCACAGAUGAUCAUCGACGAUCCAAAACGAAAUGACGAGAUAGCUAGAAGCCUUCGGGGAUUGAACCGUCUGGCCAAGAUAAUGAAACAGCGCCGCAUAGAUAAAGGAGCCUUGACGUUGGCUUCUCCGGAGAUAAGGUUCCACAUUGACAGCGAGACACAUGACCCAAUAGACGUCCAAGCUAAACAACUGUUGGACACAAACUCGAUGGUUGAGGAGUUCAUGUUACUGGCCAACAUCGCCACGGCCCAGAAGAUUCAGGAGGAAUUCCCCAACUGUGCAGUGUUACGUCGACACCCUUCGCCGCCCGUCUCCAACUUCGAACCUCUCAUGAAGGCGGCGCUGUCAAAGGGAUUCAAGAUGAAUGUGUCGAGAGGCAAGGACCUUGCUGACAGUCUCGAGACAGCCACUAUUCCUGAUGAUCCGUACUUCAAUACGAUGUUGAGAAUCAUGACCACGCGUUGCAUGAUGCAGGCCGUCUACUUCUGCAGCGGAAUGAUUCCAGAGUCAGAUUUCCUGCACUAUGGAUUAGCUACGGAAAUUUAUACACAUUUUACGUCGCCCAUUAGAAGAUACUCUGACAUCCUGGUCCAUCGCCUGUUGGCGGUGAGUAUUGGGGCAGACUCUUCUUACCCCGACUUGCUGGACAAACACCGCACGCAGAUUGUCUGCAACAACCUCAACUAUCGCCACAAGAUGGCUCAGUAUGCAGGAAGAGCUUCGGUCAAUCUACACACACAUCUCUUCUUCAAGAAUCGAUCUGUGGAUGAAGAGGGCUACAUUCUGUUUGUGCGGAAAAAUGCAGUGCAGGUGCUGAUUCCAAAGUACGGUCUGGAGGCUACACUCUACCUUAACUCUGAGAAGAGUAAAAAGGGACCUCCAUUUAUUUUUAAUGAAGAGGAGAACACACAGGCCUGUGCAGGUGUUACACUGAAAGUGUUUGACAGAAUAAUUGUGCAGAUAAGCAUCGAUCGUUCCAAUGUUCAGCAUCUGAAGCUUAGAAUUCAGCUUGUGGAACCAGUGAUUCCUGGUUUUAGCGUUCCACCAAUGUCCUUAAAGCCUGACGGUGACGAGCCUCCAGCCAAAAAGAAGAAAACGUGAAAUAUUUCAACUCAGACCAUGAAAUAAUUAAUAAUGCCAUGUACGAGGCUUGCAUUAACAAAAUUGUAGGAGUAAUUUACUUAGGAUCUUUGUUUCAAAACUUCAAAAAUUGCAUUAUGGAAGUAUCAAAACUGAAGAAAAAAACAUACUUAACGUGGUACUUACAACUCUAGGAAGCCAGGGAUUCCAAAAUUGUAAACAUAUUGGUAGUGUUGAUUAUAAACAUUAAAAAAUAUAUAUAUUAAAGGUCAAAAAAGCA